UAUCAACAAGGACCGGCCGAAAUUCUUCCCCAGCUAUACCUUGGUUCGUCACAUAAUGCUUGUCCGAGGAUACUCGAUACCUACGGUAUCACCUGUGUUAUUAACGUUGCAGCCGAAAUUUCCACUCCUAAUUUUGGUGCAUUUCCUUAUAACAAUGCACGGACCCCAGGAAAUCGCAUCAGUUAUCAUCACUUACCGUGGACACAUAGCCAGGAUAACCUGGCCGAAUAUGAAUUUACACGCGCUAUACGAACUAUAGAAGAAGCCCAGCUCGCCAAUACCACUGUUUUGAUUCACUGUCAGCAGGGCAUUGAACGCUCAGCCGCACUGGUUAUAGCCUACAAACCCCUUCCUCUUGAUAAUCUUCAGUUGUCCAUUUCACAAGCAUACGAAUUUGUUCGGAAACGAGCGCCAUGCAUUCAUCCCAACAUGGAACUCAUGUAUCAAUUGAAGGAAUUUGAGCGAAAAAUA